CAUCAAGGACCCUCCCCUCCCUGAAAUUGAUAUUUUGCCAUCACACCGUUAUUUAUUCACAAUCGCUAUUGAUCACAUAGAUAAACCUGCUAAGAACUGCUAUAUAUGUGCCAUUUACAGCCCUAUCUCUCUUGCAAUGAAAAGUGGGGGUGCAGUGCAAAGUACUUCAUAAGGUCCCCCUCGAGCUUUUAUCUCUUAAAGAAGGAUUUUAAUGACAUCCUUGUCCUCCACCUUGAAUUCAAAGUUUUUCCAUAGGAAGAGAGCAUAGUCCUGCAUCCACUGCCCUCCGACUCCACUCAUCCACACGGGGAAAAGAUGAGGGAAAAGGGAAGCCGCUGGAAAAGCCCUCGGGCAGUGCGCGCUCUUCUCUAUAGUUUUCGCAUGCAUUUCCCCGCCGACUGACUCUCUUGCCCGCGCUCCCCUUCUUUCUUUCCGCUCCUUCCAUCUCGGCUUCCCUGCAAGGUUAACCCCGCGCCGUCACCCGAGGCUGAAGUCGCGGCAUCCGGCAUGGAAUCGAUCGAGGAACUGGCUCUCGGACCUUGCGUCGCCUCCCAAUAUUUGCGGCCUUUUCGCCUCCGAUACCGCCAGAAUGGUAUUUCAAAACUUUGGGAUUUCAUGAGGACACAUGACAGUGUGUCCAUUCUUAUCUUCAAUAUUUCUCGGCAAUGCUUUGUUGUGGUGAAGCAGUUCCGUCCAGCUGUCUAUAUGUGUGAAAUGGAACAACAACGUCCUCAGUACUUUGAAAAUAAAACUGAAGAGAGCUGGUGCCCUCUGUCUGAUUUUUUGCCUGCUUCAAAAGGAAUAACAUAUGAACUCUGUGCUGGUAUUGUAGACCAGCCAGACCUCUCUUUGGAAGAAAUUGCUUGCAAGGAAGUUUUAGAAGAAUGUGGCUAUGAAGUUCCUGUAACCAGCCUAAAAAGAAUCACUUCAUACAGAUCUGGAGUUGGUGUGACAGGAUCAAAGCAGACAUUAUUUUAUGCACAGGUAACUGAUGACAUGAAAUCUAGUGAAGGAGGCGGCCAGCCAGAGGAAGGCGAACUGAUUGAAGUUGUGGAAAUACCUGUGCAAGAUUCCAUGAAAUUUGCAUUUGAUGAGACUUUCCCUAAAACUAUGGGAGUUAUCUUCAGUUUCAUGUGGUUUCAGUCCAACAUAGCACCAAAACUGCUAGAAAAAUAAUGCACUGGAGAAAUGAAGCAGAAACAUGGGACCAUAUUGGAAGCAAUCUUUCGGGACUGUCUAGUUCUUAAGUUUGCUAUUGUAAAGGUUCAUAAAAUUCAUAUGCUAACAGUGGCAGGUCAUUAACUCAAAUUUAAAUAUGUUUUUCAUCCCAUAUUUUAUCUUCCAUAGAAAGAGUUUGAGGAAAAGACAUUUGCAAUACAUGAACGUUGCCCAGUCAGAAACACAAUUUUCUGACAAGAACUAGAAUAGGCAAACACAAAUGGAUAAUUUAUCAUGAGAUAAUAGAAUUUUGUCAAGGAAAAUGUAAAAUCAAGAGAAGAAUUGGCAAAGGAUUACAUUUGUUAGUGGUUACUUUAUUUUCAAUUAUUAAAAGGGUUUAAAGUAGACAAAAGAAUGUGUGGUUUUGAACAUUGUAAGAUUGAGUUUGAAAUAGAAUUGUGUACAAUGAUGACCAUGCAAUUGCUAAAAUGUAUAAUAGAAUUUCUGUAGCUCCA